AUGCAAAAACGUCAGGUUGGCAUAGUUACUAUUUGCGCCGCCCUUGUUGGUCUGGCCCGGCGCCAGCCACCUCUCGGGCUUGAACUGGCCAGCGUCGUCACCCCACAGUUCCCGGGAUCUGUUCGUUGCCGCCGGCGAUAUCAGCAGCUGCGUCCCCUUGGGGAUCGCCCUGCCGAGCAGCAUGGUGUCGCUGAUAGCUUCUCGCCGCGUCGCCGGCACCGACGGGUAGAAGCGCAGAACCUCGCUGCAGAACGCCUGCAGAUAGGGCAGGGCCUGGAAGUCGCGCUCGCUGACCCGGGCGCUGGGGUCGGCCGGCGACGGAAGCCCACUGCGCACCUCGUCCCGCAGCCGAGCCUGCAUCUCCGGGCGCCGGCAGAGCUCCACAAGGCCCCAGCCCAGCGACCCGGCGACCGUCUCGUGCCCAGCAACCAGGAAGGUCAUGCUCUGGUCGACGAGGCUCUCGUCGUCAAAGGCGCCCGAGCUCUUGGCGACCGAUAUGAGAUCCACCGCCGCGGAGGGGUCGUCCUCCGGGGUGCGUUUGGCCUGGAUCACGCCGCGGAUGAUGCUCCGGAUGGUGUCGACGGCCGCCUUGGUGCGGAUGUUGUGUUGGAUUGGCAGCUUCUGCAGCCAAAGGACGGGAAGAAAGUCGGCCAAGGCCUCGAGGAACGUCACUGCCACGUGGGUCUCCUGGGACUUGAACAGAAACUCAUAGGGUUUUGGAUCGCAUUGAAGCUGAACCCGAACCCGGCCUCUCCGAUAUUGUCGAGCGUGAUUCGGCGCAGCCAAUCAAUGGCAACCGGGGACAUGGAAUUGCGACUGGCCCGGCGGUCGGAUGUGCCAGCCAUCGCGGCCAUCGGCGUGAAAGCAUUUGCCAAGGAGCCGAUUUAUGGUCACUUUUUCCCCAAGCGAGACUUGUACCCCGGGGACUUUUACCGCGCCUUCGCCGACGAGAUCACCCGUUUUCUUCUAACUCCGGGACAUGUGGUGAUCGUGGCAGAGGUCGACAAUAAUGACGGACAGGGAAAACAAGUGGCUGGAUACGCCACCUUUAUCCGGUAUGGCUCGGCCAAGGAGCUCGCCAAUUGGAACCCGACGUCGAUUUCUAUGAAAUGGCCAGCUAUACAGCGAAUCUUGUUCGACAUCCGAAAGUUCCUAGAGUCCAUCGUCUGGCCAAACCGCGCCGCAUCCCUGAGCGUGGCUCGAGACUACUACCGGCAGGCCGACAAGCUGCAGGCGCCAUAUCUGGUGGGGUCAAAGAGCCGCAUUGAUUUUCGCAGCCUAGCCGUGGACCCGGCUUUCCAGCGACGUGGCUACGGGGAGACGAUGGUGCAGUGGCUGGGCUUGCAGGCGUGGGAGGAGAAGGUUCCUGUGUUCGGCGAUGCCAGCACCAACGGACUGCCCAUCUACCUACGCAACCAGUGCAAAGAGAUCGGCAAGAUCCACCUCAAGGAACAAGUCAUCAGUCUGGGAUGGGGCAAAGGGUCACUGAUACUUUCACCCAUGGACGUUAUUUGCCUGAGGUGGAAGUCGCCCGAGGGGGUGCCGAUCUGGGAUGCAGCGUCGUACUUUAAGUUUGUAGCGGAGAAGCCGACCGACAUCUCGAGAAUGCUGGACCUCGUCGAAGACCUUGUCAGCGGUAUCCAAAAUGCCCACAAAAAUAUAUCCAGCCACGUCAUCCGCACGCCGGUCAUCAGGCUACCUUGGCUUGACUCGGAGGACCGCGAGGUCUGGGCCAAGCUGGAGUGCCACCAACACACCGGCUCGUUCAAGUACCGCGGCGCAUACAAUGCUCUCAGCAGGGCCAAGACCAACAUGAUCGUCACGGCCUCGGCCGGCAACCACGCUCUCGCCACGGCGGCGGCUGGUAGUCGGCUCGGCAAGGACGUGCAUCUCAUCGCGCCCAUCACGGCCUCGGAGCUCAAAGUCAACCGCAUGAUGGCCGACGCCGAGGUCACCCUCCUUGGUCAGGACCUCUACGAGGCCACUCUCAUGGCCAUGGGUCUGGCCAAGAAGUCGGCCGAUCUGACGACAGACGAGAGCGAAAUGCUGUAUUACGUGUCUCCGUAUGAUAACGUGGACGUGGCUGCCGGUGCAGGCACAGUCAUGCUAGAGGCGCAGGAAGACCAUGGGAUCUUCGACACAGUUGUGGUACCGCUGGGAGGAGGCGGCCUGGCCGCGGGGGUGGGAGCCUGGUGUGUUCGCAACUCACCCCAGACGAAGGUGGUCUGCACCCACCCGAAGAUCUUCGGCAGAGAGUUUGUCAAAAGCAAACCCAUAGCCAGCCAGCUGGCCAGGCCCACUGCCGUCUCCUACUCUGACGGCCUGGCGGUCCAGUUGGUGAGGAAGACACCCUUCGCGCGCAUCCUGCAAGAGACCAUCAAAGACGUCGCUCAGGUGACCGAGGAUGAGACGGCUGUUGCCAUCUCGAUUGCGCUACGCAUGCAGUCGCUGCUGAUCGAGGGCUCGGCUGCGACCACGAUAGCCGCACUGCUCAAACCUGAAGCCCCUGAGACGAUGCACAUCAAGGGCCGCGUCCUCCUGCUGCUCACGGGCGGCAACAUUUCUUCGGGCAGCCUGGCCAGGUCUCUUGUGUCCGACGUGUCAAACACAGCCCUCCGACAGGCCAUUGGACUGCGGAACAUUCUGCCGUCGGUAGAUCGAUGCGGAUCCACCAAGCUGCCAAUCCAGGAGAUGGAGGAGCAGAAAAGGAACGGAAAUGAAGAGACGGCUGACGGCUAUCAACACGUCAACGGAAACCACCGUUCUCAACCAACUGCUGCUGCUGCUGCUGCUGCUGCAACGAAUGGAGCCUCAGCUUUGGCCAAGGAGACGAGAAGUGAUUUGAAGCAGUGGCAGACUUUCUCCGACCGCCUUCAAGCCAUGAUCAAAACAACAGCCGAAACAAUGCAGCAGAAGAACGAGCUAUCAGCGCGACUAUGCUUGGAGCAGGACCAAUGGUGCAAGGACGUCUACGAUGAGCUCCAGGAAGUCCUCUGCCGGCGAGCCAAGGAGUUCGAGACCGCUGUCAAGGCGUCCCCCUCACUGCCCAAGUUCUGGGUUCUGGAAGAGCGCUAUCGGAUCCUCCUCCAGCAGCACUCGGCCGUGACAUGCCUUUUCAAUAGGGCCAGUGCUGCCAACGACCAGUCUCUGCGCGACUGGUUCCGUGACCUGGACUGCCAGAGCGCCGCCAUAUGCAACUACGACCGCUACGGUUCCUCGCAGCUGCGCGCCACCGAACAGCUCCUCGCCAGAGCCUUGGCCCUAGGCGAGUCGUCCGGGACCGAGCUGCUGCUGACCUCGAGCGGGAUGGCCGCCUACCAAGUCGUGCAGCACUUUGUGCUACAGAGCAUCGGCGAGAAGGGAAACUUUGUGCUCCCGCCGUACGUCUACUUCGAGGGCAUGGAGCAGCUCCAGGCCUUCGACUUUGUCACCGUCACGCACGCCCCGACGUUCGACGCCGAAGACGUCAUCGCCACCGCCGAGGCGGUCGAUGCAAAGGUGGUGUUCCUCGACGCCAUCGCCAACAUGGUCGACCUGCCCGCGACCGACGUCCGGCACUUCUGCCGAACGGUCGCGCACCGGCCCGGAUGGGGCGACCGCAUCGUCGUCAUCGACGGGACGACGGUAUCGGGCGCCAUGCCGGUCUUCGACUGGAUGCCGACGGAGAAGGAGGGCCCGCACGCCCCGACGCUUCUGUACUUUGAAAGCGCGAGCAAGUACCUCCAGUUCGGCAUGGACCUGCAGAUGGGUGGGUUGGUGGUGUACCCGAGCCGGAUGGACGCGACAAUGCGUACGAUCCGCCGCAACACGGGCGGGGUCAUGUACUCGCGCGGUUUGACGCUGCUCCCGCCACUCGACCGCGCCGCCUACCAGGAGCGCAUGACGCGGCUCAGCCGCAACGCCGAGGUCCUGCGCGACGGCAUCGCCGCCGGAGCGUCCGACCUUGUCCACGUCAGGUUCCCCUCCGAGUGGAAGCGGUUUGGGUGGCGUCACGGCGGAGCCCUGGUGACGGUGAGGUUCCUGCGGGACGGGCUCAAUAACAAGGACGGUCUCGAGGCGUGCAUCGAUUUGGUUCUUAGGGGCGCCAAGUCCAAGGGUCUGCCCGUGACCAAGGGCGUGAGCUUUGGGUUUUCGACCAUGAGGAUCUCAUCCGCGUCGUCGAUGGCAAAGGACUUUGAUCCUUUUCUCCGCCUGUCGGUGGGUAUCGACAGGGAGACUCUGGACGGCUUGGUGGAGGUUAUGGUGGCAGCCAUACGGUGUUAUGCUGACACGUUUUAA